AGACAGGCCAGGUUUCUUUUUUCCUUUUUAUUUUUUUUUAUUAUUUUAUUAUUUCUAUUUUGUCUUGUGAGGUCAAAUUUCCGGGCUGGGGCCAGUGAAGGAACAGGUUACAGGUCCAAGCGUGCAGCUUGCAUAACACCGAGCUGGUUACAGUAAAAUACCUCAAUUCAGAUAUGCUUAACACCAGUAAGGUUGGCAACUUGGCAUUCCCCCGCGUGGGCUCCACUGGCUCUGUUCGUUUCCUUCUUCAGCCAGAGCCCAACCUCGUCCGUUUCUUGUGCUUCUUGGCUCUUAUUAAUAUUAUUGCGUCUUUACGUCGUUUUCCCAGUUUCGCCUUCCGGAGGCCCCGGAAGGCCCGGCAUUUCUUCAUUGUCCAGGGUAAGACACUCCAUAUUAAUCGCAUUCACGGUGGACUGGCCACUGCCCCAGCGCUGAGCAGGCGGCCUCCAAUAACAGCCGAAUCCGCCGCUCCAGCAGCCCAAGAAGCUUCCAUUAAAGUAAUCCGUUCCUGCCUCUCCACCCGGCCUAUCUCGCAUAAAUCCUCCGUUCUGGUCCUUGUUAGUCACCCCCAAGCCUUCCAAGCCUUUUAGCGACUGCGCGAUGGAGAACUGCGCCCAGCCGAGCACUGGGCGCUGAAACGCCUCGCUCGUAUCGUCGCUCCACUCCAUAGUGCAGUCCACUCUUUCCUGUAGUAUCGUCGGCUGUCUCUGCCCACUUGUCACUCUGGAGUCUGAAUCAGGAAGAAGGAAUGGUGGCGACCGGUGAAUAUUAUUUACCAGUCACAGCGUCAUAUUUCAAGAGCCAAGCGGCUCACACGGAUAUAUUACUUUACGCCUCGGAGAAUUACUUCUGGUCAGCCUGACCUUCCGCCAAACUGACACUGGUCAGUCGCCGACGAUGACGAGCCUACCAGUGCUUUGGCCCCCU